AGACGGAGAGCGAACGGUCGUGCGCUGCCCGCCCGCUGGAGCUUCGGUCUCGGCACGGACCCGCAGCAGUAGCGGCCGUCUCUUCCUCCUCCUUCCUCCCGUGAGAUUUUUUUGAUCUUCAGCUACAUUUCAGCUUUGUGAGAAACUUUAUCAACAAAGAAGAUGGCCAGCAACGUUACCAACAAGACAGAUCCCCGAUCCAUGAAUUCCCGUGUAUUCAUUGGGAAUCUCAAUACUCUUGUGGUCAAGAAGUCUGAUGUGGAGGCAAUCUUUUCAAAGUAUGGCAAAAUUGUGGGUUGCUCUGUGCAUAAGGGCUUUGCCUUUGUCCAAUAUGUUAACGAAAGGAAUGCCCGGGCCGCUGUAGCUGGAGAGGAUGGCAGAAUGAUAGCUGGCCAGGUUUUAGAUAUUAAUCUGGCUGCAGAGCCAAAAGUGAACCGAGGGAAAGCAGGUGUGAAACGAUCUGCAGCGGAGAUGUACGGUUCCUCAUUUGAUUUGGACUAUGACUUUCAACGGGAUUAUUAUGACAGGAUGUACAGUUACCCAGCACGUGUUCCUCCUCCUCCUCCUAUUGCUCGAGCGGUAGUGCCUUCUAAACGCCAACGUGUUUCUGGAAACACCUCUCGGAGGGGCAAAAGUGGAUUCAAUUCGAAGAGUGGACAACGGGGCUCUUCUUCCAAAUCCGGAAAAUUGAAAGGUGAUGACCUUCAGGCCAUUAAGAAGGAGCUGACUCAGAUAAAACAAAAAGUGGAUUCUCUGCUGGAAAGCCUGGAAAAAAUUGAAAAAGAACAAAGCAAACAAGCAGACUUGUCCUUCUCCUCCCCAGUAGAGAUGAAGAAUGAGAAGUCGGAGGAGGAGCAGAGCAGUGCCUCUGUGAAGAAAGACGAGACGAACGUCAAGAUGGAGUCUGAGGCUGGCGCAGAUGACUCUGCUGAGGAGGGCGACCUGCUGGAUGACGAUGACAAUGAGGAUCGAGGGGAUGAUCAGCUGGAACUGAUCAAGGACGAUGAAAAAGAAGCUGAGGAAAGAGAGGAUGACAGAGACAGCGCCAAUGGGGAGGAUGACUCCUAAGCACAUAGCGGAGUUUAGAGAUCUUAUCCUGUUAUUAUUCAUUUACCUAGGCGCUUGUGAGAGAUGGAAGUAACACCAGAUCCUCUCCCCUAGUGUCUUCAGCACAGUCUCACUGUUCACCCUCUCCCUUUCCUGUGUUCAUUGAUUCAUAAUUGCCUUGCGCCUAGUUCCAUUCUCACUUCCUUUGAUGCUCCUUAGUAGUUUUGUUAAGUCUUACCCUGUAAGUUUUGCUUUUAAUUUUGAUACCUCUUUGACUUAACAAUAAAAAGAUGUAUG